AUACGAACACCUGUAAACAUACGAUUCAUCUAAUCUUUUAUUUUUCAAUAAUUAAAAAAAUUGAAUACUGUAAACUAUAAAUGAUAUCUCCACACGAGUAAUGUAUUGAUCUAUUAAAACUAGAAAUAGUGAUCAAAUAAAAAUAAAUUGGUAUAUCAAAAUAUAACCUAAAAAUGGUUGAGAUUAAUGAGAACGAGAGAAUAUAUUUAUGUAUAUACACGCACACAAACUGACUGAAGAAAUAAAUAAAUAAAGACAGUGUUGCUAUCUUAAUGAAACGAAUUUAAUUACUUUAUACAUAAACGUGUCGUGCUUUCUGUGCAUUUUCAUAUUUUUUAAUGUACAAUUAAAAUAAGUGACACAUAAUUGUGUCAACACAUAUGAAAUAAAAAGAGUGAACAUGGUACUAAUAACAAGAAUGUCCCAUAAAACAAAUAGAAUCUCAUACCAUUAUCACAAUGUUUUUGUGAUAUGUUUGUUAAUAUUUACAUUUUUCAUUAUUUUAAUUGCAACAUACCAUAUUUUCAAAUUUGGAAACACACAGAAACAUUCUGUACAUAAUACCAUAUCUCUCAAUGACUUAAAUUCUUUGCAUGUACAAAUGUUGGAUGCAAAUUCUCUGAUAGCAGAUAUUACAAAUUACUCUUGUACAUAUUUUGGUUGUUUUAAUGUUUAUCGCUGCGGUAGUCAAGGAAAUAAACUUUUAGUAUAUGUUUAUCCACCAAAAAUAUAUGUGGAUGCUUCAGAAAGACCUAUAACAAGUCAAAUGACAAAAGAAUUUUAUCAAAUUUUAAGUACCAUCAUCUCAAGUAAAUUUUACACACCUAAUCCAUAUGAAGCUUGUAUUUUUAUUCCUUCAAUUGAUACAUUAAAUCAGAACCGAUUGAAGUUGCAUGAAGUAUCACAAGCUCUGAAGGCCUUGCCAUUUUGGAAUAAUGGAGAAAAUCAUCUUAUAUUUAAUAUGGUACCUGGAAGUGUGCCAGAUUAUAGUACAAUCAUUGAUGUACCCAUUGGAAAGGCAAUGAUUGCAGGUGCAGGAAUGUCAUCAUUAACUUAUAGAUUUGGUUUUGAUAUUAGUUUACCAGUAUAUAGUUCUCUUACAAACAAUUUUAAACCAUAUUUUAAUAAUACAAGGAUGUGGUUAGUUAUUUCAUCUCAGAUUAAUAUUAAUUCUGCUUUUGAGCAAGAUUUAAUGGAAAUUAAGUCUAUAUCGCCAAAAGAUCUUUUAAUAUUAGGUCCAUGUUUACAUUAUACCUCUAUGAAUACUACAGUUCGAUGUACAGGUGAAGAUGUUUAUAAAUAUCCCAGCGUACUUCAAACAGCAACAUUUUGUCUAGUGAUUCGUGGUGCAAGACUUGGUCAGAGUACACUUCUAGAAUGUAUGGCAGCAGGUAGUAUACCUGUAAUUAUAGCUGAUUCUCUUAUAAUGCCUUUUUAUGGUGUGAUUGAUUGGACCAGGGCUGCUAUAUUUAUACGCGAAGUAGAUGUUCUGACAAUGAUACCCGUUUUGAAAAAAGUAUCUCAACAACGAAUUACAGAACUUAGAGAACAAGGAGCAUGGCUUUAUGAGAAAUAUUUUCAAUCUAUGGAAAAAAUAACAUUAACUACACUAGAAAUACUUACAGAUCGUGUAUUUCCGCAUUUAGCUAAAAACUAUAUGUUUUGGAACGUACCACCACACAAGGAUACUACAUCACCACUUUAUUUACCUGCAACUGCACCAAAAACUCGAGGGUUUACUGCAGUGAUUCUAACGUAUGAUAGAUUGGAAUUGUUGUUUCUCUUGAUCAAUAAACUUGUUAAAGUACCAAGUUUGUCUAAAGUUCUGGUAAUAUGGAACAAUCAACAUAAAGAUCCACCACACUCAUCUAAAUGGCCAAAGUUGAGUAAACCAUUAAAAAUUAUACAAACAAAAGAAAAUAAAUUAUCUAACAGAUUUUAUCCUUAUGAUGAAAUUGAAACUGAAGCAGUCUUAUCGAUAGAUGAUGAUAUUAUAAUGUUGACUGCCGAUGAAGUAGAAUUUGCUUACGAGGUUUGGAGGGAGUUCCCAGAUCGAAUAGUUGGUUUUCCUUCUCGAAUUCACAUAUGGGAUAAUGGAACUAAUUGUUGGAAAUAUGAAAGUGAAUGGACUAAUAGCAUUUCUAUGGUUUUAACUGGAGCUGCAUUUCAUCAUAAAUAUUGGAAUUAUAUGUAUAUUACUGCUAUGCCAGGUGAUAUAAGAGAAUGGGUUGAUGAACAUAUGAAUUGUGAAGAUAUAGCUAUGAACUUUUUAGUAGCAAAUAUUACAGGAAAAGCACCAAUAAAGGUAACACCGAAAAAGAAAUUUCGAUGUCCAGAAUGUACGAACACCGAAAUGCUUUCGGCAGAUUUAACGCAUAUGAUGGAACGUACGCAAUGCAUAAACCGAUUCUCUUCAAUUUACGGAUCUAUGCCACUACAAUCAGUCGAAUUUCGCGCAGAUCCAGUUUUGUUCAAAGAUAUAUUUCCUGAAAAGCUCAAGAGGUUUAAUGAUAUUGGAAGUUUAUAA